AUGAUACGUUUGUGUACAACUCCAUUUUGGGAUAAAAAUGUGACUAAUUUACCAUAUCCAUAUUUAACUGAAUGUUUUCGAAGUACAAUUUUACAAUGGGUACCUAUAAGUAUUUUUUGGUUAAUUUUACCAUUAUGGCUUUAUAUAUUAAAUAAACGACAAUUAAAAUCACAAGCACUUGUAGUUUCUCUACUAUUGAUUAUUAAAAUGAUACUUGCUUGUCUAUUUAUUUUGAUACAAAUUUUUCGUCUUGUUCAUUAUGUUGUUCUAUGGACAGAUGAAAAGGGUCUAGCUUAUGUAUUGACGUCGAUUUUAUAUAUAAUAACAAUAAGUUUUAUUCUUUGGUUAAUGAAUUAUGAUCGAUUGAAGAGUGUUUUUUCUUCGGGUUUACUUUUUAUUUUUUGGUUAUUAGUCUGUUUAGCAAUUCUACCUGAUAUAAUUGAUUAUUCUGUUAAAUUUUAUCAACAAAUCAAAUCAAUAUCAUUAUGGAUAGAAUUUAUUAUUGUUUGGUUUCAAUUUUUGUUUGCAUUUGGUUUAUUUAUAACAAAUUGUUUUGCUGAAAAAUAUAUUAUUGCUCAUCAAACAACACUUGAUGAACGACCUAUUGUUCCUGAAUUUCAUGAAAGUUUUCUAUCGCGAAUAUCUUAUUCAUGGGCAACACCAUUAAUUCUUCGAGGUUAUAAAAAACCACUUACAGAAAAAGAUUGUUGGGAUUUACCAAUAUCUGAACGAACUGCUGCUGUUGUUCAUCAAGUACGAAAUUAUAUGAAAGGUUGGACAUCAUGUGAAAAAAAUUCAAUAAAUAAUAUUAAACUUUCUUAUUCAAAUCAAGCAGAAGAUGAACAUCAAAAUUUGCUUGAUAAUGUUCCAAUGGUUGAUGUGAAAAAAUCGUCAUCGAAAUCUAAGGAAACAUCUAUUUUUUGGUAUGCUUUAUUUUGCACAUAUAAAGAUAAACUUUUUAUUGGUGGUUUCCUCAAAUUUCUUCAUGAUAUUAUACAAUUUAGUGGUCCUAUGAUAUUAAAAUUACUUCUUAAUUUUUUUACGGAUUCAACAAAACCAAAAUGGUUAGGUAUUUUCUAUGCAAUCCUUUUAAGUAUAACAGUUUUUUGUCACAUAAUACUUUUACGAGCUUAUUUUCAUCAACAAUUUCUUAUUGGACUUCGAUUUCGUUCAGCAGUUACUGGACUUGUGUAUCGAAAGAGUUUGAAAUUAUCAAAUUCAUCUAAACAGGAAACAACAACUGGUGAAAUUGUUAAUCUGAUCGCUAUUGAUGCUUCAAGAUUUAGUGAAGUAACUCAACAUAUUCAUAUAUUAUGGUCAGGUCCACUUCAACUUUUAAUUGCAUUAAUAUUACUCUAUCAACAAAUGAAAUUUGCUAUAAUACCUGGUGUUACAUUAUUAUUUAUUAUGAUUCCAUUGAAUUUAUAUUUACAAAGAAUUCAAAAACAACUUACAUUAAAACAAAUGACAAUUAAAGAUCAACGUAUUAAAAUGACAAAUGAAAUACUUAAUGGUAUUCGAGUAUUAAAAUUAUAUGCAUGGGAAAUAGCAUUUAUACGUACAAUUACUCAUAUUCGAGAAAAAGAACUUGAAUAUAUAAGAAAAAAAGCUAUUGUUAGUACUAUAUCAAAUGUUCUUUGGACAUUUACACCAAUUCUAAUUUAUAUAUUUGUUAAGGUUGGUAUAAUGACAUUUUCAACUUAUGUUCUUUUAUCAGAUACGAAUGUUUUAACAGCUGAUAAAGCCUUUGUAUCAUUAGCAUUGUUUAAUCUACUUCGUAGUCCACUUGUUUCUUUUCCUACUGUUUUUAAUAAUGUUGUUGAAGCACGUGUAUCAAAUAAACGUAUUGAAAAGUUUUUGCAUACUGAAGAAAUUGAUGAAAAUGCAGUUGAAAGAAUACCUUUUGAGUCAAAUAAAUAUGCAAUAAAAAUUGAAAAUGGUUCUUUUCGUUGGUCAAAUCUUAAUGAUGAUUCAUUAGUUUUAAAAAAUAUCAAUAUUCAAAUUGAACAAUGUUCACUUAUUGCUUUUGUUGGUAUGGUUGGUUCAGGUAAAAGUAGUAUUUUAGCAGCAUUACUUGGUGAAAUGAAUAAAAUUCAUGGACGUGUGUGUGUCAAUGGAACUAUUGCUUAUGUACCACAAACAGCAUGGAUUAUGAAUACAACAUUAAAAGAAAAUAUUCUUUUUGGAAGAGAUUUUAAUAAGAAUUUAUACAAUCGUAUAAUUGAAGCAUGUGCUUUAAAACAAGAUCUUGAAAUGCUUCCAGCAAGUGAUGAAACUGAAAUUGGUGAAAAAGGUAUUAAUUUAUCUGGUGGACAACGACAACGUGUUUCAUUAGCUCGAGCAUUAUAUAGUAAUGCUGAUAUAUAUCUUCUUGAUGAUCCACUUUCAGCUGUUGAUGCACAUGUUGGUACUUAUAUUUUUAAACAUACUCGUCUUUUGGUUACACAUGGUGUAUCUCAUUUAAAUAAAUGUGAUGAUAUUAUGGUUGUUUCACAAGGUGAAAUAGUUGAUCAUGGAUCAUAUCAUGAUUUGAUGAUUAGAAGCACAAUUUUACAAGAUUUUGUUCAUUCUGUUGCUACGUCUCGUACAGAACACUAUCAACAUCAAACAAGUGAUAUUGAAAGUCCAAAAAGUAUUCCUACGACUCCAUCAGAAUUAAUUCAUAAUUCAUUUGAAUUUACUGAUACUAAUAUUCAACAAGAUGAAUUACAACCAAUUAUAAUUGAAAUAGAAGAAGAAAAGAAAAAGAUCAUUCAAAACGAAGCUAUACAGACAGGUUCGGUAAAAUUAAAUAUAUUUUUAAUUUAUAUACGUUCAUGUAAAUUAAUAAUGAUUACAUUAAUUAGUUUAUUUUUUUCUUUAACAAUAUUUGCUACUCUAAGCACUAAUAUUUGGUUAUCAAAAUGGACAGAUGAAGUAAAAGUAAUAAAUAUAACAAAUACUAAAUCAUCAAGGACUAGUCAAAUUUAUUAUAUGAAUAUUUAUUCAAUAUUGGGAAUUAUUCAAGGUUUCCUUGCAUUCGCUAUGCAAUUAAGUCAAAAACUAGCUGGAUAUAUCGCCGGUCGACAAUUACAUGGGAUUAUUCUUAUAGGAAUUCUUCAUGCACCAAUGUCUUUCUUUGAUACAACACCAAUUGGUCGUAUUAUUAAUCGAUUUUCGAAAGAUAUUGAUUCAGUUGAUUCUGCAUUACCAAAUGCUUUUUCUCAAGCAUUAACAACACUUAUUACAGUUAUUGCUACAUUAAUUAUACUCACCUAUGGAUCAUGGUUUGCUAUAAUUGAAUUUAUACCACUUGCUUUUCUUUUUAUAUAUAUUCAGCGUAUUUAUAUAUCGUCUUCUCGACAAUUGCGUCGUCUUGAUUCAGUUACACGUAGUUUAAUAUUUGCAAAUUUUAGUGAAACAAUUCAAGGUCUUAGUUCGAUACGUGCUUAUCAUGCACAACAACGUUUUAUUGAUUUAUCUGAUAAAUAUAUGGAUAGAAAUCAAUCAUGUAAUUUAGCUAGUUCUGUUUCAAAUAGAUGGCUUGGCUUUCAUUUAGAAAUGAUUGCUAAUUUACUUACAUUAUUAAUAGCUAUAACAGCUGUAUUUAUGCGUAAUUAUUUAACAGCUGGUACUGUUGGUUUAAUGAUAACUUAUGCUUUACAAAUUACACAUUCUUUCAAUAUGCUUGUUCGUACAUCAAGUGAUAUUGAAACAAAUAUUGUUAGUGUUGAACGUAUUAAUGAAUAUGGUCAAUUAACACCUGAAGCUCCAUGGGAGAUUCCACUAACAAAACCAUCACCUCGUUGGCCAACUAAUGGAAAUAUACAGAACUUAUCAUUACGAUAUAGAGAAAAUUUGCAAGUAGUAGUCAAAGAUUUCUCGAUCAAUAUUCAAUCUGGCGAAAAGAUUGGAAUUAUUGGUCGUACGGGCAGUGGAAAGAGUAGUUUAUGUUUAUCGCUUUUUCGUAUGAUUGAACCAACCAAUGGUACAAUUAUUAUUGAUGAUGUUGAUAUUUGCCUUAUUGGUUUACAUGAUUUACGAUCAAAGAUAACUAUUAUUCCACAAGAUGCAAUCAUAUUUGCUGGUACUGUACGAUUCAAUAUUGAUCCAUUUAGUAAUUAUAGUGAUAUAGAAAUAUGGACUGUAUUAGAAUUAGUACAUUUAAAAGAUCGUAUUCAUAUGAUGGAAAAUGGUUUAUUACAUCUUUUAGCAGAAGGAGGUCAGAAUAUGAGUGCUGGUGAAAGACAAUUAUUAUGUUUGGCACGUGCUCUCUUAAGAAAAAGUAAAAUAUUUAUAUUUGAUGAAGCAACUGCUGCGACUGAUAUGGAAACAGAUCGACUCAUUCAACAAACUAUUCGUUUAAGAUUUAAACAUGCAACUGUAUUAACAAUUGCUCAUCGUUUGCAUACAAUUUUAGAUAGUACUAAAAUUCUUGUUUUAUCGAACGGUUCUUUACAAGAAUAUGAUGAGCCAAUACGUUUAGCUGCUAAUCCAAAUUCGUCAUUUGUUAAACUUUUACGUGGUGCAAAUAUUCAUCCAUCGGAUAUUAAAUCAAUCGCUUCGUUCUAA